AUGAUCAACACUCCUCAGACCCACUCACUUCUUGACUUGAUGACUGUAACUUGGAGUCCUUUCAUAGGUCCCUUUCUCGUUUUGUUGUUUCUUAGUUUGAGGCUACUCAACCGACCCGUGAAGUGGCUGUUGUCAACUGUCAUUGAUGCCUUCUUAUCGAGACUUCAUCAAGUUCGCGACGUUGGUGCCGGGAAACCCUUUCCCUCAAACAGAUACUGGUUCCCCAGUGGCCAAGGCGACGCAGCCAAGUUUCUCCACGGUAAGGAGAACAGUGUUAAAUGGGAGUCAGAGUAUGGGCCCAUUUACCGUAUAUGGUCAGGUCCUAAUCCUGAAGUUGUUCUCACAAGACCUGAAGACGUCCAGCAAGUUUUCAAGGACUCAGACAAACACAUCAAAGCAGUUGAUAAUAACUCUGGGUAUAUACUGGGGCAACUGCUUGGAAAAUGUGUUGGUCUUGUGAGCCAGAAUGAAUGGAAACGGGUCAGAGAGGUCUCAGAAGUUGCAUUCAUGCGAAGUGCGGUACCAAAAUACUUGGAGAUUAUACAGAAACGAACCGUGCGUCACUUCGAUUCCCUUGAAGCCGGAGACAACUUAUCCAAGGGAAUCAUCGAUCCAGCAGCAGACUUAAAGAUGCUCCCUUUUUGGAUCAUCGCUGAUGUGCUUUAUGGAUCUUUAUCAAGGGAAAUGGAAAACUUUCUUGCUGAACUUGCACCUGUACGCGAAGGCAUAUUUCGCAAGGUCAUAGAAGGCGGUCUGUCGAGAUUCAAUUGGUCACGAUUUUUCCCGACCGACACCAACAAAUCCCUCGAGUUGUUCAAAGAGCAGUGGGUUGAGUUUAAUCGGGACGCCUUUGAUCGAGCUAUCCACAUUGGAUCUCGACCCCCGAUCGUGGACCUCUAUAAUGCUGUGACUUCGGGCACGAUGACCCAGGAGCAUCUUUUGCACACUCUCGAUGAGACUCUUUUUGCCAACCUAGAUGUUACCUUGGGGGCUAUUUCUUGGAACCUCGUGUUUUUAGCCGCGUACCCUGAGCACCAACGGCGUAUACUUGAUGAAGUACGGGAGUGGAAACAAAGCCCUAGGGGAGGAGGUUUCAACAGCUACUUCACUGACUCAACCACCUACCUAUCGGCAUGCAUAUUAGAAUCAUCACGGCUACGGCCCCUGGCAGCCUUUUCUGUUCCGCAGGCAAUUCCAACAGACCGUGUAAUUAAUGGUUUCCUCUUUCCCGCCGGCACCAACUUCAUUAUCGACGCAUAUGCUUUAAAUCAGCGGAACCAGUUCUGGGGAAAAGAUGGUCUUGAUUAUCGCCCGGAGCGUCAUCUAUCUCUAAGCCCAGUCAAAUCCAGGUAUAACUUUUGGAGGUUUGGCUUUGGGCCGCGACAGUGCAUGGGAAAGUACGUGGCAGAUAUGAUGUUGAGAGCAAUUCUCAUUCAUUUGCUACAGGGCUAUGAGCUGCAUUUUACUGAUGACCAAGCUGAGGAAUGGAAGAGGGAUCCUGAAACGUGGAUAAAUCACCCAGAAAUGAAGUUAAAAUGCAUACCUAGAUGA